AUGUCUGCGUUUGACCAGGACAACGUCAGCGACGCAGGCUCCGGUUUCCGCACCCCAAGCCCACAAGGUCGCGGUCGAUCGCAGAGCACUUCGAGCACCGAUCGCAAGAUGUCUCCCAAGCGCUCAAGCAGCAUCUCUGCGCUACGUCAGGCAAAGAAAGACUACCAUCCUGACCACAUCAUCUCUCGUGACGAAGAGGGCCCGACUUCUUCCACUGAGGUGAAUGACACCACCAACGUCGUUGAUACUCAAGGCACUGCACCCGGACAUGAGCAGGAGGACAUCUACAGCUCUUCUCCUCCCCCUUCCCCUGGAAACGAGCUGGCCAUGGACGUCGAGGACUUUUGCAGUAGUGAGUGGGCCAACCCGGUUGAGGCGCUCAAGAAGUCAGUUGAGCACAUCGCCAACAACACGCAAAUGCCUUUCGACUAUGUCAUGAAAGACUGGAAGAUGACCUGUGGCGCGAUGACUCUCAUCCUCGACGACACAGAGCAAGCCACAUACCACGAAGCCAACAUUCAAGCUAUACAGCUAUUCAAAGUCGAAGAUGACGCCACUGCUGACGCUCCACCCCUCCCUGAAGAGCAAGUGGACCUGGGUUUUAGGAUGCUGGAGCAUCACGGCGAUGAUCUCCUCCAGUCCAUGCAGAUUGAAACCCAGCUGUUCAUCAAUGGAAAGCUUGUCGGAAAUUCCGAUGAGGACUCCUUGAAGAAGCUCUGCAUUCCAUGUGCAGAAGCGCAUGACGAUUUGAUUCUCCAGGCAUCAUACUUGUUCCCAGAACACAACUUGACUUACAUCUUCAUCACAAUGUCGCGCUGGGCAAGCGGCUGGGAAGAGGGAGGCAAGUACCUAAAGAAACUUGGAGACAUCGUGCUGCCAAUGAUAAAGGCUCAGGAGGAUGAGCCCAAGCUCCAGAUACUCUCCUCGGAUCAGGCCGCCAGUCUGCUUGGUAUCGCCACCUGUGAAACCAAAGCAGUACAGUACACAAUUGUCGGGACACCCCGCUGCAAUGUCACCGAUUACAUGACCAGUAUUCGCUCAGGUCCAAUCAAGGAAGCGGUUGACACAAUCAUCGGCCUGCUUGACAGCAACGCAAAUGUCACAGUUGACCUUGUCCAUCCGAUCUACGAGGAGACUGAAGACAUGAGUCUUGACUACACGGUGAGGAUCCUCGAGAAAUGCACAGAGGGAUGGCACCGGGAUUCGAAUGAUCCACUCGCGAUUUACUUUGCCAACUCGCCCUCGAAGCGCAUGCUUGACCUCAGAACGAUCCCCAAGGAUAAAGCCAUUCCUCUCAUGGACAAGAUACCUGCUCUGGCUACAUUCGACACCAAUGAGCAGUACUACGUCGCCAUGGCCAUUGGCAACCAGCAAGAAAAAGAGUACCAGGACCGCCAGAUUGGUAAAUUGACAGAGUUUGACGUCCCAGUUCGAUUCCUCGCAGACCCCCGCACUUUGCACCCCAAGGAUCAGGCACCGCAAGAGUACUUCAUGUUGAUCGACAGCAACACUACUGUCCCUGAAGUCGAUUACCUCCUUCCACGCAUCGGCGACUCCGCUGAUAUUGUGCUGAAAGGUGUCUCCGUCAAAAGGCGAGACUACGCCGGGGACAUGAGCUCCAGAGAAGAUGAUCAAAUUGUCAUGCAUAUCACAGCCUCUGUCUGGGAUGCCGAUAAUGACCACACUCUAACGUCCCGGACUGACGUUGAAAAAAGGCUCGUAUACCUGCUCAGCCCCCUUUGCGUCACGGACGACAGCGGUAACGAGAUUACCGAGAACCUCGAUCUCCUGCGGACCAACCUUGAUGAGAUUCGACUAGUAUAUGAAGAGAAUGAUCGGAUCUUGGAGUUUGUGAAGUCGAACCGGGCCUGGCUUAGGCCUCCACCUCCGGAGAUAGAUGAUGAGAUAGACCCAUUCACCAACCCAGCCCGCCUGCGUGGUCACAGAAUCGACGUGCCGAGCAAAUUGUGGCCAGCGACCACCCAUGUAUGGAAGCUCCAGGUUCCAGCCGACAAGCAAACCGCAGGCGAGAAACUUCCCCUUUUGCUGGACCUGCCAGAUCUUAGCACGGAUGAGGAGGGCAAGCCUCUCAAGACGCUGCGAAGUUUCUCUGACCGACUGAAGUCAGACGAGAUGUACGUGCCUGUCAAGAUCAGGGUCAUUGACAGCGACAAGACCCACAAGGCAGAGAUGAAUGCCUUGAGGAAGUUGAUGGCACCUCACACAAUGCCUCUUGACGAUCGGCCUUCACUUGCCAGCAUCAACGCUAGCCGGGACUUGAUCUCAGCAAAGUUGCGCGAUGGAGAAGCACUGAAAGACAUCAUGCCUGCCUUUGAGCAACUGAGGCGCGGAAAACAUCCGGACCGCCAUCUCCAGAGGUUCUACCAGCAACUGAGCAAGGACAAGCAUGGGGCAAUAGAGUUCCUCCUUGAUGACAAGAAGCUCAUCAAAUACAUCCAUGGCCCGGCUGGUACUGGGAAGUCCUACUUGGCUCUAUGGAUCGCCUGCCUUGCUGUCAUGAGCGGUCCGCCUGCCGCAGAAGAGACAGAUCGGCCUGUGGAUGUAGGACCACAGCUCAGUGCAGCAGAAUUCGACAAGGUGUAUUUGACUCAGCCUAUGCGCACAAAGGCCGUGACAGAUGCAGAAAAGGCCGCGUCUUCAGCGCUUCCCGACAAGACAAAGGUCCUCAUCGUUUCUGGACAAAAUACCGCGGUUGACGAUCUUUUCCCCCGCUUCUGGACAAUGUGGAAACGUCUCGGUGGAGAAAAGGUCAGGCCACGAGAGCGCGCCCCUAUUGUACUCCGCCUGUACUCAUGGAAGUCCGAGGCUCGGGACUUCAUCCGGGCAUUUGCCAAGGUUGGGCGCCACAUUCAGCGCACCGCCGAGGACAGCACUGGAGGGAUCCUGAUGCGACUACUGGGAGCCUUCUCUGAUGAGGCUGACUCGUUCGACCGGAGGGGACGCAAGGCAAGGCGUACAAACAUGUCGAUUGUCGACAAGGCCAUCGAGCUAUACCAGGAAGACCGAAAGAAAUCCCAAGGUCGCAAAUAUGAUGACCUCGCCGAACUCGUCACAAAGGUAUCCGGCAGCCCGGAGCAGACGUUCAUCGUUGGCAAGCAGAUCAACAAGCUUGUUAUGAAUGGUCCGCAAAAAGACGCGCUUGCCGAGGCUGAUGUUAUUCUUGGAACUCCUGUUGGAGUAGCAGACAAGACAGUCCGCGAGAACUUUCGACCCCACUAUAUCAUCAGCGAUGAGAGCCCUCGCGACAAGGAGAUAUCGUUCCUCAUCCUCCUGGCUCACUUCAGCCCUCGAGCUUUCUUUUGCUUCGGUGACCACAAGCAGUUGAGUCCCGUCAUCAUGUCAACCUACCAGCACCUAAAGUACAAGCCGCCCAGGUCCUUCAAGAGAGCCAACAAUGAGGACUCCAAGGACAAGAAGGAAUCCGCUGAAGGUGCAGAGCCAGACGAGCCUGAGAAGGAUUUGCCGAAACCUUCAACCUUUGCUAACCAGAUGAGUUGGUCCGCCAUUCACCGUCUAAUGGCAGCUGGACAUCCGACAUUCAUGCUUUCCCAGAAUUUCCGGCAGCAUGGUUGGGUUGGUGAGUUUUUCAACAAACAAUUUUACAACGGCAAGAUUCGAUUCAAGGAAGCCAACGAUCGGUUCAGCCAGAUUGACUUGGCAGCAAUCAGGUGGCUGCGAGAACUGAGUGGCCAGGACACUAUCAAGGGCAACUCUCUUAUGAUCAACCCUAAUUCCUUCGAAAGCUGUGAGGCCCGCUCCUUCUCUAACGUCGGCAAUGUCAACAUGGUCCUGACCAAGCUGGUCACACUCCUGGCCGAUGACAAUUUCAACGGUGGCACUGUCAUGAUCAUUGCACCGUACGAGGCCCAAAGGAAUUUGUACACCCAUGAGCUCCAGAAGCGCAGCCAGAUCGAGAUUACUGGCGUGGGCCACAAGGCACAGUGGGUGUCAUUCGACAAGUCUCGCAUCGAGAUCCGGACACACCAGGGAGCUCAAGGACACCAGGCGCAUGUCGUCAUCGUGGACCUUACCCGCUCGGACUCCCCCGGCAUGACGGGACAACCCCAGCUCAUCAACAUCUGCAGCUCGCGUUCAGUCUGUGCCCAGGUCGUAUUGCUCAACGAUUCAGUCCUGAGAUCUUCCGAGUCCAGGAACGCUCCCAGCGUCCGUCAUUUGGUGGCAUGGACCCAGUUCCACCGAGACACAGAUAUGCUCAUCACGAUAGACAGCGUGACGGCCAAUUAA